AUGGCUAGUGUGUUAGUGAAGAAAGCAGAUAAGGAAUAUGUGGAUGAAAAAGAUAAAGAAAUUAUAGAAAGGGUUGACUGGUACCAUGAAUGGACAUCGAAGACUUUUAAAGUUAAAGCCGAUACAGGAUGGGUUUCAGGAUGUUUAGACCUUAAAGCAGAUAAAACUUAUGUUAACGAUGAGUUAGAGAAGAAAGCAGACAAGAACCAUACACAUACAAGUUUUACAACUGUUGCUAUAGAAAGUAUUGAAGGAACGGUUGAAGAAACUGGUGGGGAUGCAAUAUAUUGUAAACCUCCUAACUUUCCACAAGGUUUAACAUCGGAUGACGACAUAACGACGAUGAGAAACAUUAGAUGUAAAGAUGUUUAUGUCAUGAAGGAUGAACAUAAUAUUAAAUUCACUGCUCAAGAUUUAUAUGACAAGAAGGCUGACAAAACAGAGCUUCAAACAUUAAAGACAGAAAUACUUCAAACAUUAUAUCCUAUAGGCUCUAUUUAUACGUCAAUGAACUCUACCAGACCAGAAACAGUUCUGGGUUUUGGAACUUGGACUCAAAUAGUCGACAGGUUUUUGUAUUGUGCAAACUCUUCAAAGGAAACAGGGGGAA